CCCGCGCCGCAUCCACUUGGCCACACGGGGGCGCGCGCGCCCGGGGCCGCUUGGCCCGGCCACACUGUGUGUCAGCACAGUCCUCCGGCCAGCAGGCCGCGCAGCUGCUGUAGAACGGGCAUGUUUUGGAAAAGAAGACAAAGAAGAUGUGCAAUAGAAGAGGAAGAAGAGAAGAAAGAAGGUUACGUAAGGGCUUACGUGAGCAGGGCAGGUGGUUCAACCCCCCUCCCCUCUCCGGGUCCUUUUUUCGUCGCCUUCUCCCCCAGACGUCUGACAAUGCAAGGGAUGUGGUUGGCUGGAGAAACAGGAGGGCGGUGGAGACGAGACGACAGGUCAGAGCGGUCAGAACAGUUCUGAAUAGACACACGAUGACAAGAAUGGUCGUUGCACGGACGUGGGGCUGGUGUGCAGGCGCCCCUCGGGGCGUCGGCGGCAGCAGGACCAGAAGGGCGUGGCGGACAUGCUACUCCACACAGACGGACCCGUACACGGACAGGGUGGAGAAGGCCCGGUUCGACUGCACGGCGGCGCUAGGACGAGCGGACCCGUCCAGCGUGCUUCUCUCGAAGAUGUAUCCGGCGUAUCUGCGGGACUCGUUUGUGGCGUUCCGGGCGCUCAACAUGGAGUUGUCGAAGGUGUCGUUCGGGUUCCAGCCGGGGGCCACGGCGAAGUCCCGGGAGUUCAGCAACCUCAAGUUCGCCUUCUGGCUGCAGCAGGUGGAGGCGUGCGAGACGCUGACGCUGGAGAACGCCGGCGCGGUGCUGCCCCGCGUGAACGAGCCGUGCACGGUGCUGCUCGCAGACACGGUGCUCCGCCACUUGCGGCUCGACGCCGGCAUGCUCAAGCAGAUGGUCCACAGCCACCAGCACUUCUACAACCACAACAGCGCCGCCGGCUUCCGCAGCCUCGACGACGUGUGCUCCUUCGGCGAGGGCACCUUCUCGCAGAUGAACUACCUCAUGCAGUCCGUCCUCUUGUCGCCCCAGCUCUCCGGCUUCGCCGACCCGGGCGUCGCCCUGCUUGAGCUCCCCGGCUCCGACGACCUCCGCCACGGCCUCACCGACAUCAGCGCCCACCUCGGCCAGGCCACCGCCGUCGGCUCCUUCCUCGUCGGCCUCCGCUACUUCGCCGAGAAAAAGCACACCCUCAUGCUCCCGACAGACACCCUCACCAAACACAGGCUCUCCGAGGAGGCGUGUCUUCGCUACCUGCAGGGCCGCGCCGCAGACGCAGACCCAGACACCAAGGAGCGGCUCAAGAACGUCGUCUUCGACAUGGCCACCCGGGCCAACGACCACUUGAUCUCCGCCCGCACAAAGCUCGAUCUCGUCAAGACCCACGUCCAGCAGCUCGCCGCUGCACCGGACACCCCUGCCCCUGUCUGCAGCCUACUCCGCCACCAGAAACGCGGUCUCCCGGAUUGCCUCUUCCUCCCCUACCUCUCCGGCUUGCCCACCACCCUCUACCUCGAGCGGCUAGAGAAGUACGACUUCGAUCUGCUUCACCCGAACCUCAUGUACAAGGAGUGGCGGCUUGCCUUCCGGCUCUGGAACGCCGAACGCACCCGCUCCCUCUAGUGGACUCUUUCUACCCUGUAUAUAGAACUUCAACACCUCCGUGUCCGAUUCAUGUCGCCAGCCGGCACCGCAGCCCGCGCCGGAGGGUGUCCAGCGCCCCCGAAGGAAAACAACUGGUG